AUGAAAGAAUUAGAAGAAAACAUGGAAGUGUAUGCCGACACCGGAGCUCAAGCAAACGUCACUCCUACUCGAUCUACUGAACCAAUGCAGACUGAUGAUAAGCCAAAGAAUAUAAAACAAGAGUUUGAAGGAGAAUCGAAACCAUCGACUGGUGAACUUAUAGACGAUCUUAGUAUGAAAUGGGACAUCGAUCUUAAUGAUUCUUAUGGUGAAUCUUCACUGCAGAAUCUCCCUAAAGACGCGUUUGGCCAUAUUGUGAGAAACUCUCGCACUCGCUACUGCAUCAGAUAUGGUUCUCAAGAUGCUCGGAGCGCUCGUUUUGAAUCAAUUCUUCCAAAUGGGUCCAACUAUACGACACAAAGAGAUGUUACCCAGGGUAGCAAUCGCAUUGUUGAGAAGAUUGUGCAACACCAUAGAGAUACAAGAACAUCGCUUCCUAUGAAUAUACUUAGCCAAGUAAGAAUUCUGGUAGUGUACUGGGACUCCAAAAUGGGUGUUGGACACGACGCCGAAGUUGAGGUACUGGCUCCUAAUUUCGAAGGAAGACGGCCACACACCCGCUGCUUCAUCUACCUGGAUCCCAAUUCCUAUUCACAAUAUAAACUUCCUAAUAUAACAGGAUAUAGCCAUGAAACCAGGUCAACAAUAAAACUUCUCCUUCAAGGAAAUAAUGAUCGACAAAAAUCUAUCGCUCUUCACAACAUUGCUGUCGAUCUUGAAAAUAAGUUUGAGGAAAGGUGGAUGAGCAAUAUUCCAGGCCGACCCGGGCCACUCCAAAAGCUGAUGAAUGAGAGAAAAGCGGUACCCCGCCGGAAUAAAUCGUCGAGUGGCACUACUGAACUAUCGGCAAACCCGACGCUCUCGAAACCUCCGGUCCCACCCAAUCAGUCUACACCUCUACAAAAAAUACCACAAGAACAGACCCCUGUCAUAGUAAAGCCAGGCAUACCCCUACGAGAACGGUUUCACAAAGACUUUUUAGAACUUUUUGAGCUAGCGGAAAACACUACAAUAUGCUAUAUUUAUUAUUUUCUUUUUGGAGAUGAAAUUGCAGUUUUUCCAUCAGGUUUUCAAAUGAUUGCAGGUGAUGCAAGCAAGAAAAAUGACUUUAGCCCCCCUUCAGACAAACCACAAUCUUUGUGGGGUCCGGAAGAGAAAACACCAAAUGCACUCGCUAGAAAGGCUAUCGGGUUUAACUGCCUGAACUACAGUGGCAAUGCCGAAGGGUCUUUAACUCGUCAUUUACUUCCAAAUAAGACAUUCAUCGAUUCAAACUGCGCCGAUGGCCUUCGCCUUGAGCUAAUGUUUCCGUCAUGUUGGAAUGGCGUUUCUCUCGAUGCUAACGACCAUAAGUCGCAUGUAGCCUAUCCAGAUCUCGUUAUGGAAGGCACAUGUCCUGCAGAUUAUGGAACUCGAAUUCCAGCUCUGUUUUUUGAAACAAUUUGGGACACCUCUGUCUUCCGUGAUAUCCCUGGGCAUUUUCUACUUAGUAACGGUGACCAGGCUGGUAAGGAUAGCUGUUUUCUCAUAGAAUUUUGA